GCAGCUGCAGACAACCCGGUUCCUCGGGCCGUGGCGCGUGUUGUGGCUGCGCUGAAGCCAGACCUGGUGGCUGUUGAGCUGGACGAGGCGCGUGGUGGCCGGGAGUUGGAGACUCUGCCUGACAAGUUGAGAGGACGCUCAAGCGUCUUCCUGCCACAGCAAUCCCAGCCAGGUCUCUUCGAGGCCUUUGGCCUCUUCGAUUCCGGCCCACAGCUGAGCUUAGAUGAAGCCCUGAUUGACCGCAUCCGAGCAAAAGUUGGCAAAUCCCGCAUGUCUGUCAAGGACUACAUUCGUGCCAUGAAGCUGAUCUUCACAAAGAGUACUGAGAAGUGCUUGGUGACUUGA